AUGGAGCACUACCGCAAGGCCGGCUCGGUGGAGCUGCCGGCCGCCUGCCCGCUGGCGCCGCUGCCGCCCGGCACGCUGGAGAUGCGGGUGCGCGAGGGCAGCAAGCUGCGCAACCUGCUGGGGCUGGCGCUCGGCCGGCUGGAGGCGGGGGGCGCGCGCCACGUGGUGUUCGCGGGCGCGGGGCGCGCGGCGGGCAAGGCCGUGAGCUGCGCCGAGAUCGUCAAGCGCCGCGUGCCCGGCCUGCACCAGCUCACCAAGCUGCGCUUCCUGCACACCGAGGACAGCUGGGUGCCCGCCGCGCCCGACGCCGGCCUCGACCCCCUCACCGUGCGCAGGCACGUGCCCGCCGUCUGGGUGCUGCUGAGCCGCGACCCCCUGGACCCCGACGAGGCCGGCUACCAGCCCCCGGGGGCCCCGCCCGGACUGGGGCCCCCCGCCGCCGCCGCCACCACCGGCUCCGGCGGAGGAGCCCGGCCCCCGCGAAGAAGGCCCCGAGACCUGCGCUCCUGAGGC